CCGGUCCGCCAUGCUGCAGGCUCGGCGGCUCCGGGGCUGAGGAGACUCUGGUGUUCCGAGUGCUUCGCUGUGACCCGCUGCCGGAAUCCGCCAUGGAUGCAGUGACGUAUGAGGAUGUGCAUGUGAACUUCACCCAUGAAGAGUGGGCUUUGCUGGAUCCUUGUCAGAAGAGUCUCUACAAAGAUGUGAUGCUGGAAACCUACUGGAACCUCUCUGCUGUAGGCUACAAAUGGGAAGACGAGAAUAUUGAAGAACAUUGUCAAAGUUCUAGAAGACAUGGAAGGUACAUGAUCUAUCACUCUGGAUACAAGCCAUGUGAACAUAAAGGAUAUGGAAAGAAGCAAUGUACUUCUGUCUCUCCCAGAAAAAAUAGGAGAUAUGUAGUAGUGCCCACUAUGAGAAGACAUGGUGAUCAUGAUACAAGGACAGAAUUAAUAGGAUUUCCAACUUCACCGGAAACACAUCAAGAAACUCACAUUGGAAAAGAGCCUUGUGAGUACAAGGAAUGUGGAAAUUCUUCUGUCUGGCCUGGUUCACAUUGCACAUGUAAUGUGACUCACACUAUAGGAAAAUGUUAUGAAUUCAAUCAGUGUGGUAAAACUCUGAGUUCUUCCAGUUCUCUUCAGAGAAGUGAAAAAACUCAUAUGGGAAAAGGAUGUUGUAAAUGUGAACCAUGUACAAAAGGCUUGAACCAUCCCAAGUUUCUUCAAACACAUGAAAGAAUCCAUAAUGAAGAGGAAUCCUGUGAAUGUAAACACUGUGACAAAACAUUUACAUCUGGUUGCUCUUUACAAUUACAUCAAGGAAUGCAUUUGAAAAUGAAACCCUAUGACUAUAAUCAAGAUGAUAAAGACUUUGCAUGUCAAAGUUAUCUUCAAGUGCCCAGAAUUCAUACUGGGAAGAAACCUUAUGAAUGUCAUCAAUGUGGAAAAGCCUUUGCACGUCCCAGUGAACUUAAAAUACAUGAAAGAUGUCACACUGGAGAGAAGCCCUAUGAAUGUAGUCAAUGUGGUAAAACAUUUGCAUAUCCUAGUAGUAUGCAAAGGCAUGAAAGAAAUCAUACUGUUGAGAAACCCUUUGAAUGUCACCAGUGUGGUAAAGCCUUUGUACAUAACAGUCAUCUUCAAAGGCAUGAAAGAAGUCAUUCUGGAGGGAAACGCUAUGAAUGUAAUCAGUGUGGUAAAGCCUUUACACAUAAUAGUCACCUUCAACGGCAUGAAAGAAGUCAUACUGGAGAGAGACCCUAUGAAUGUAAUCAAUGUGGUAUAGCCUUUUCAUCUCGCAGUAAUCUUCUCAGUCAUGAAAGAAGUCAUGCUGGAGUGAAACCCUAUGCAUGUAAUCAAUGUGGUAAAGCUUUUGCACGUAAGACUCAUCUUCAGUAUCAUGAAAGAAUACAUACUAGAGAAAAAUCCCAUGAACCUCAUAAAAGAAGUAAAACUUUGCAUACGAAGCAAAGACGCCGCCAUUUUGGAAAUACCAGUACCAUGGGGUGUCCACCAAAAUCAUCGGCAGUGGUGAAGUGGAACCAGUCAGAGCCUAGGAGGGAAGUUGUGGGAACUGCAGAGGGUGGAGCCAGAGAAGUGACCCAAACCCUUUGGAGAAGCCCUGAAGGUUGUGAGUGGAUCCCAGUCAUUAAUAGUGGAGUUAUUUAUACUGUUGGAGUUUGUUUUUCUGUUUUGCAGAAUGUGACUACCCUGAUUCUUCCCUCUUGAAGGGAGAAGGUAUUUAACUUUGAUUUUUAAAAAAGCCAUAAUUGAAAGACCUUCAACUUUUAAUAGAGACUUUGGAUUUUUAGUGAGAUUGGAUAUUUUUAAAGAAAAAUUUUAGUGUGUUUGAAUUUGUAAAGAUUGUGGGACUUAUUAAAGCUAUUUAUGUUUUUAAUAUGAGAUCUUGGGAAUGAAUAAGAAUGGAAGGGUUGUGGCUCAAUAGUGAUGUGUUUGCAUGUCAAGUUGACAAAAGUGACACGAGUUAUCUGAAAGGAGAGAAACUCAAUUGAGAAAAUACCUCCAUAAUAUCUGCUAUAAGGCAUUUUUAAAAAUAGAGACUGAUGGGGAAGGGUCUUGGAAUCUAAAAGAAAGCAGAUUGAGCAAGGCAUGGGAAGCAAACCACUAAGCAGCACCCCUCCAUGGCCUCUGCAUCAACUCCUGCCUCCAAGUUCCUGCCCCAUUUAGGUUUCUGUCCUGACUUCCUUUAAUGAUGAACAGCAAUAUACAAGUGUAGGCCAGAUAAUCCUCUUUCUUCUCAGCUUACUUUUUGGUUUCAUUGUUGAAAUUCUAAUGAAGAAAUCCUGUCUCAAAAAAUUUUAAAAAAAGUGGUUAUGAAUGGUUCAGCACUUAAACACACUGGCUGUUCUUCCAGAUGACACAGUUUCAAUUCCCAGCACCAACAUGGAAGUUCACAACUCUAAGUCCUGUUCCAAGUAUCCAACACACUCAUACAUAUGUACAUACAAACAAAACACCUAUGCAUGUAAAAUAAAAAUAAAGUAUUUUUUGAAAAAGAAUAUAUCAUAAUAUCAUAUUAUGGAACUUUCCCUACAUAAUUUGGACUCAUCUCUAAUCAAGUAAAUUUUUUUUUUUUUUUUUUUUUGGUUUUUCGAGACAGGGUUUCUCUGUGUAGCUUUGCACCUUUCUUGGAACUCACUCUGUAGUCCAGGCUGGCCUCAAACUCACAGAAGGCUCUGCCUUCCGAGUGCUGGGAUUAAAGGCAUGCGCCACCACUGCCCGGCUCAAGUAAAUUUUUUGUUGUCUUCAUUCACAUCGAGAGAACUGUGUUAACAAUGAGAAACAAUGUGCAGAGUCCAUUCACAGAGCGACAGAAAGCAGUCACUCCUUCAAUGACCAAAUAGUUGAGAAUUUCAUCUUUCUAAGUGAUAGAAGACAGAAACAGUAAUGGUGUAACUCCAUCUUCUACAGUAUAAAUGACAUAUUGGCAAGUUGGGGAUUUGACUCAGUAGUACUGAUGCUGUUGGGUACCCAAGUUUGGUUCCUAGCACUCACGUCUGAUGGUUCAGAACUACUUAUAAAGCUUUUUUCUGGAGAUCUGAUCCACUCUUCUGGCUUCCUUGGGCACCAGGUAUGCAAGUAGUGCAAAGACAGAUAUAUAUGUAUCUGUAUAUGUGUAUGCUUCAUAUUUUUAAAAUAGCUUCUUCAUGUAUAUGUUAUGUUUUUUCUUAAAAUUAAAAUAAAUUUAAUUUAGGUGUACCAUUGGAACAUGGUUUCCAGAAAGGGGUCAUUGAUGAGAAUUCUACAUGCUUAUGUUAACAAUCCAAGAAAAGACAAGAGGCUUGUGACCUCAGUUUCUUCAAAACAUGAGAUUGUUCUUGGAAUGUGUUUUUGCACUCCUCCCAAGUGUAGUGGGUAGGAGUGAGUUCACUUGAGAUUACACAUUAUUGCUUGCUUUGUUAUUUAUUAAAUGCUUAAACUAUCAUGUAUAUGCCUGUAUGCAAAGACAUGUUUUGUCCCAUGUGGCUUGUUUUUAUCAUUGUAUACAGCUUGAACUCAUGAGACCUUUCUUCCUCAUGUGACCUUUCUUAACCUGCAGAAUAUAAAUUUUCUGGGCCUCCGAAUAAAGUUGGCUAUUGUAUGAGA